GGUGAGCCCGGAACGUGCCCUGGAUGAGCCCACGACCCAGAACCAUGCGGCUGGCCUGCAUGUUCUCAUCUAUUCUGCUGUUUGGAGCUGCCGGCCUCCUCCUCUUCAUCAGCCUGCAGGACCCCACGGAGGUCGCCCCCCAGCCUGGGCCAGGACUAAAACUCCACAUCAGGCCACUACAGCUUCACAGUAAUCUCCAGCAACCGGGCGGUUCCCAGGAUGGUGACUUGAAGGUUCCCACCGACAGGGCCACGCAGGAAAUGUCCAGCCGGUCCCCCGGGGACCCCCGUUUACAGAUGAUGCCCGAUCAGCCUCGACCCCACCCCAACCCCGGGGCUCACCCGCGACUCCGCCAGCGCCGGCGCCGGCUGCUCAUCAAGAAAAUGCCGUCGGGCCUGGCCGCGCGGGCGGGCAACCACUCGUGGGAGGCCUCGGUGAGGCCCGGCGCCCCGGCCCGGGGCCCGCACGGCAGCCAGCAGGAGCGGAAGCGGCUGGUGCGCGAGGCCUGCGCCAAGUACCGGGCGAGCAGCAGCCGGCGGCCCGUCACGCCGCGCCACGUGUCGCGCAUCUUCGUGGAGGACCGGCACCGCGUGCUCUACUGCGAGGUGCCCAAGGCCGGCUGCUCCAACUGGAAGCGCGUGCUCAUGGUGCUGGGCGGCCUGGCGUCGGACACGGCCGACCUGCGCCACGACGCGGUGCACUACGGCAGCGCGCUCCGCCGCCUGGACACCUUCGACCGCCGCGGCAUCCUCUACCGCCUCAGCACCUACACCAAGAUGCUCUUCGUGCGCGAGCCCUUCGAGCGGCUGGUGUCCGCCUUCCGCGACAAGUUCGAGCACCCCAACAGCUACUACCACCCGGUCUUCGGCAAGGCCAUCGUGGCGCGGUACCGGGCCAACGCCUCCCGCGAGGCCCUGCGGACCGGCUCCGGGGUGCGCUUCCCCGAGUUCAUCCAGUACCUGCUGGACGUGCACCGGCCCGUGGGCCUGGACAUCCACUGGGACCACGUCAGCCGGCUCUGCAGCCCCUGCCUCAUCGACUACGACUUCGUGGGCAAGUUCGAGAGCAUGGAGGACGACGCCAACUUCUUCCUGCGGCUCGUCCACGCCCCGCGGAACCUGACCUUCCCCCGCUUCAAGGACCGGCACUCGCAGGAGGCGCGCACCACCGCCAGGAUCACGCACCGGUACUUCGCGCAGCUGUCGGCCCUGCAGCGCCAGCGCACCUACGACUUCUACUACAUGGACUACCUGAUGUUCAACUACUCCAAGCCCUUCGCCGACCUGUACUGA